CUAACUUGUCGCUGGGGCUCCUGGCUCAGAUACCGAUCAGCAGUUGGCCUUGGUACAGCCGAGCCGGAACGCUCCUCGCGCGGGGAUGUGCCGUUCCGCACUGACGUCUCGUAAGGUGUCACUGCAUGCAGUUUGACAAAUUUAAGAAGAAAAAAAAAAUGUCCGAAUGUUUUAGGAAAUUACUGAAUGUUUAGUGUGACAGCCUCAAGUUGGAGAAGUGGACCUGUUCUCGUGCCGGACGAGGCCAGUCAAAGCUGCCCUCCAGGACACCUGCCAGCGGGGAACUCCAGAUUUUUAACAGACAGUAGCACCGCGUAGUUGAAGUGAAGCGGCAGGAUGAGACUAGGGGAAGAGGAACACGACUCGGACAUCACGUUACCGUUUGUGCCGGCGGCGUGAUUUACAGUUUUCCACCAUGGAAGAGAAGUUCAAUAGACUCGUCUUCAUUCCCAUUGCGGCCGUGCUCUUCUUAAUGGUCGGCUACCAGUAUGUGUGCCCGGCGGACAGCAACACCUGCUACUUUAGAAGUGACGAGAAGGGGCUUUUCCAGCGGUACUCUUCAGGGUUUGAGUUAGUUUACACCGAGGCGGACGAGGACCUACCCUCCAAAAUCACAUCCAAAUUUAACUUCACGGAGCGGGACCUGGACAGGCACGUCGACUUCAGUAUCCGAGGAGAUGAUGUGAUGGUGUUCCUCCACAUUCAGAAGACCGGCGGGACGACGUUUGGGCGCCACCUGGUCAAAAACAUCCAGCUGGAGCAGCCCUGCGACUGCAUGCCCGGCCAGAGGAAAUGCACCUGCCACCGGCCCGGUAGAGCCGAGUCGUGGCUCUUCUCCCGGUUCUCCACAGGCUGGAGUUGCGGGUUGCACGCGGACUGGACCGAGCUCACGAGCUGUGUGCCUGUAGUGAUGAACAAGAGGGACAAGAAAAGUGCCCAAAAGAACAAAAGGUGAGGUGUGACAUGACCUGCUGGACAGGUCACGUCAAUAAGUGGGCAGCCACUAACUCAUUCAUAAUCUUAAAAAAAAAAAAAAAAAAAAAAAAUACUUAUUCAGCUUA